GAAAUUGGACAUGUGCACUUUUGGUGUGGUGAUCAGUAUAAAUGUUUGUGGGGGUAUUAGAGCAGCCAAGGUUCAAGUCUCUAGAGAGAGCUUCUCACACGUAUAAACUUAAAAAAAAAAAAUGGCAAUUGGGAAGAAGAAGUUGAUGUCAUCUGCACCAUGUAAGGGCGAAGAGGAAGCCAUGAAAGAGUUCUAAGACGCGAAGCUCAAAGUCACAAAGCAGUAGCCUUGAGUUAAGUCAGUGAUGCACGUGUUUUGCAAGAAGAAAGAUAAGUCCAAACGCCACGGCCAUGACGAUUACGAUGAUGAUUCCCUUGUCGAGAUUAACCCUGAGCUCCGCUAUAGCUUUCAACGCAACUACCAGUUUCUUCAACGAGUAUUCAGCAUUGACACCAUCAUGAAACCUCUUCCGCCUGCAAUGGCCUUCAAUGUUUCCCGUAACUUGAACUUCUUUACACGCAUUUUCACUCAGUUCUUUGACCCAGAAGGUAUAGCAAAUGCCCAGAAAUCACUUUGGGGUAGGACAGAAAGAGAAUGUUUGUCGUGUUCGUUGAAGAAGAGAAAAAGGGAGAGUAAGAAAGGGGGGUGUUUGAAAGGCAGUUGAAGACCUUUUUUUUUAGAUGAACAAAAGGCAUUUGAAGACAUUAUUACCGAUUUUAGAUGUAACUGUUUUUAAAAAAUGAAAAAUAAUAUCCGAAGAUUGAAAAUGUAAUCUAAAAUUCAGUGGAAACCCCAUCUUCAAAAUU